CACGCACUACUGUCAUGUGAUUGUACUUUCACUUUCAGAAAUCGGUUGUACUGGUUAUUACUGUAAGCAGUCUAAAAACAUACCAAUCCUCAUUGGGACGAAGUAUGAUCUACUCUUCAGGUUGUAAAAUGAAAUUAACCAGGACAAAACCAAACUGGAUCCUCACACUCAUUCUUACAUUUCACAUCAUGUCAGUACAACUAGAAGGUUUUCACAAAUCAGAUCUGAGGGUCUUGAUUGUUGGAGGCAAAAGUUCUGCCCAGCUUUCAGUUGUAAACACUCUCCAAGGAAGGGAAGACUGCAGACAGGAGGACAGACAGAUUAUAAAGUAUGUAAUAAUUGAGAAUGAGGGUCGUGUAAUGAUGCUGAUCGCUGGACCAAACCUCUGUGAGAAGAAUCCAGUGAGUCAGGACUUUAAAACAGCUCUGACUCUCGCUUCUCCUGGACCUCACGCUGUUCUGAUCACCCUCAGUCAGGAAGAUCUACAAUCUGAACAGUGUGAUCUUCUCCAACAAGUCCAGGAGCUGCUGGGAGUACAAAUUCUGCAGUACUGCAUCGUUCUUCUGCUCCAGAACGACCCACAGAAACCUGACAGAAACACAGAGAGAGUUGGAGAAAUCAUCGAUGCAUGUCGAGGCCGAUUUCACAUCAUCACCGACUCUGAACCAAAACCUGCUCAAACUACAGCUCUUCUAGAGGAAAUACACAAGUUAGUUUGGCUCAAUGGAGAAACAUUUUACUCAACAAUGACUCAACAGUUAGAAACAGAACGGCUGGAGCUUUUGGAAAGACUAAGAGAAAUCGAGAGCAUACUUUACAAAGAAGAAGAAAAGAAAGAAACUCAGUUCUCAUCUGUAAUAUAUUACACUUUAGGAGGCACCGUUGGGAUUGUAGCAUGGAUUUUCAUAAUUUCAAUGAACGCUGUUGUGACUGGUACAGAAGACAGACAAAUAAUGUUAAUUUUUGCAAGAUUGGGUUUAGCUGUUGUGUUUAUGGUCACUUUAAGAAAUGCUCUGAGUCCAAAUAUUGCUGUUCCAAUAAAUUUGUCCCGGGCCUCAGCAUUUACAGCAGUUGUGAUACAAAAGAAAGAAUCAGCUUUACGGAGAAAAAAACAAAGAGACAUUGAUGGAGAAAUAUUUUUUAUACUGAGUUUAGGACUAAUUCUUGGAACAAUUACUAGCGUUUGGUCGUGGUCAGAUGUGCUUGUAGCAUGUUGUGCUUCUCCUGGAGUCGCAUUCAGUGUUCUUGCAUUCUUAAAAUAUUCCUUCACAUUCAAUCAAAUGAAUGACGGAGAAACUCUGAUGUUUGCACUCAAGUUAUUUUUCUGUUGUACAGUCGGGGCGACACUCUCAAUGUGGUGUGUGACUGUGUUUACUCUGAUUGGUGUGAAGAUGACAAUAAUUCUGCUAAUAUUAGUGGUUAUAAUUCUGUGCUUCUGUUUUAAGCAUGAAACACACAUAUUUUUAUUUGUUUUAUUUAUUGUUAUAAUUUGGACAUGUUGUUGUGUGCUUGUUGGUUCCAUCAUUUUAAUUUUAAAACAUUCCUUCCAUGUUUUAUAUAACAUUACUGUUUAGUUCUUUAAUAGUAAUUGACAGAAUCUUUAAUGCCUUUGUCUGAACACAAUUAUGUGAAUAUUUGAGAUUGUGUUAAUUAUUAUGUAGUUAUUAGACUAAGGAGUCACAUCAUAAUUAUCUUAUCAUCAUUAUCUUUUCCAAAUUGAACCUAUUUACUUUCUUAAUAUACGCAUUCCUGGUCUUAUUGUGAAUGAUUCAUCUGUAUUUCAGAAAAUAAAAACAUCUUUAAUCUUGUAAUCACUUAUCAAAAUGUAAUAACUUGCUCGCUUCUAAAAUGACUUUCCUUUUCAGAUGACAUCACCAAUCCCUCUUAUUUUUCAAGCCAUUCCUUCCAACCUACUGGCUCCAUUCUGCUAUGAU